CACCAUAAAAGUCCGGACAAGAUACUGAUGGAAAGGCGGGCCCGAACCCAUCAAAGACAACGUCAGAGGGAAAACAGAGAGAGGAAGGAAGCUUAACAGUCGAGAGAAGAGUGACAAGAGUUUCUCAACUACCUCCAUACCCAUGGCUUCCUCUUCCUCUGCCCCUCUCCUCAUCCUCAUCCUCCUCCUCCACCUCCCCUUCCACCGUAUUCCCUUCACCGCCGCCAACAACCUCCACCGGUCCCGGUCCCUCGGACUCGAUCUGACCUCAGAUGCCGCUCUUACAUCGAACUUAGCCACGGUUCCGCCCACUCGGUUCUUCGAGGUCACCAAGCCCAUCGACACCCUGCCGACGAAGCCUUGCUCCUACCUUGUCCUCCGCCACCAGUUCACCUACACUUAUGGCAAGCCCCCGAUCCUCGCCAACUAUUACCCUCCCUCCGGUCACGGCUGCCCUGCCCGGGAGUUUUCCAAGAUUGUCCUCGAAUGGACAGCCACGUGCCGUGGCCGGCAGUUCGAUAGGAUCUUCGGUGUCUGGCUCGGCGGGGUCGAGCUCCUACGCAGCUGCACUGCCGAGCCCCGAGCCACUGGCAUCAUCUGGACUGUCCAGAAGGACAUCACGAGGUACCAUUCCCUUCUCAUGAAGAAUAGCACAUUGGCAGUUUAUCUAGGCAAUCUCGUCGAUAAGACCUAUACUGGGAUUUACGAUGUUAAUAUAACCAUGCACUUCUACCCUGCUGCCAAAAAAUCCGGUUUUGAUGGAUUGAAUUCGGGGAACUCUGUCCCGGGGUACGGUUCCAAGGCGGACUUGAUCCUGCCCAUCUCCCGGAACUUGCCGCUGAAGGAUGGGCUGUGGUUUGAGAUCGAGAAUGCUACUGACACGGAUUCGAAGAAAUUUAGUAUUCCGCAGAAUGUGUAUCGGGCUGUGCUGGAGGUUUAUGUUUCCUUCCAUGAGAGGGAUGAGUUCUGGUACGGGAAUCUCCCAAACGACUACCUCAACGCGAAUAAUCUCACAUCGGUGUAUGGAAAUGGGCCCUUCAGGGAGGUUGUGGUGACUCUUGAUGGAGAGACCGUGGGCAGUGUUUGGCCUUUCACUGUCAUCUUCACUGGAGGAAUCAACCCUCUCUUCUGGAGACCAAUUACUGGUAUUGGGUCUUUCGAUCUCCCUUCCUAUGAUAUCGAGAUAACUCCGUUCUUAUCAAAUUUGGAUGGGGAGGUCCAUGAAUUUUCUUUCAGCGUCACCAAUGCCCUCAACGUUUGGUACAUAGACGCAAACUUGCACCUUUGGGUGGAUGAGAAGAGCAAAAGGACCACAUCUAAGCUUUUAAGUUACAGCAGUGUGCCUCUAUUGUAUUCAUCGAAGUUGGACUUUAAGGGCUUGGAUGGGAAGUUCCUAAUCGGGGCGAGCAGGUCUAUCUUGGCCACCGGAUGGGUUAAUUCCUCUUACGGAAUGAUCACUACCCGCUGGACUCAAAAGUUCAAUUUCAGCAACCACAUGAUCGUGGGGAAUGAGGCGAAUAUGCAAACUGUUAAUCAGUUGAUCCAUUAUGACGAUAGAGUCGAUCUGAAGACAGAGUCAUCGUCCGUUAAGUUCAUCCGUUCUUACAAGAAAUUCCCGUUUAUCUACUUCAGCAACAUCCUCGACCAAGGGAACGGAACUUCCUUUGAAGUAGCAAAUGUUACCUUUGCGUUCAAUGAGAACAGGGGUAAGAAUGCGGCUUUUGGAGUUUCCAAGAGCAAGCUGAGAAAUGUGCAGAGGGCAAACGGUUAUAUUGUUGUGAAGAACAACUUGGUGGUUAGUGGCUUGGGCAGUACGGCAGAGGUAUACAAGUACGAUAGCAGCAGAGACUGCUACUUUAGGAAUGUCAGCAGCUCGAACUACACGAUUCUCCACGAUGAUGUUGAGAAUAGUUGUGGGGGGGAAAGGCAGUCCCCUCUCGGGUUCGGUCUCAAGAGACACGCUAUUGUCCCGUUUCGAAGGGCAGUUCUCGAGUCUGAGUCCGAAGGUAUCUAAAAUUUGCGACCUAUCCUCAGUGCCAAUGCUACCAGGUGCCCGAAAUAAAUUAUUCAUCAGACUUCACAAAGCUAA